AGUGCUUUUGGAUUAGGGGCGAGGGGCCUGAGAAGGAGGAGGUGCAAUCUUGGGAAUUUCCAGAUUCGAUUUCAUAUAAAGCGGAGAGGCGGACAGCUUCUCAGCUGCUUCGGUGAUGUCGCGGUUUUGCUCGGUCUUGUAAUUUAUGAAUCUCAAACUUCUUUUGGCUAUCGUUCAGUUGGAGGAUGAAUCUUGCUGCACAACGCCUGGAUUUAAAAGCAAUCUAACCGCCACCUCCAAAAAGGCUGAGGAGGUGUAGAAGCAAGAGCCUGUUGUUCAUAAACCUGUGACCUCUGGCAGAGGUCCCACACCGGACGCCGAUCAGUCAACCAGCGCCUGCUGCAGGAUAGUGGUGUGAGGGGCCGAGAAGAUUGAGCGGACGACGGAGGGAAUUGUGCCCAGAGAGCCUGCUGCGUGUCAUCAUUUUGCAGUAUGCCGUGCUUGUGUGCCUCACGCCUCGGAACGCUGUUGGUCCUGCUUUGGGUGUUGCUUCCUCUGAUGACAUCAUCCACUCCUUCGACACUCUGCACAUCCCUCACCACUCUGAAGUCCAGCCUUCAACCCCCCCAUCGGAGGCAAUUAUUGAAGCACAAUUUCCCCUUGAAUUACACCAUCAGAGUACGCCCCCAGGAGGUUUUUAGGCUGCAUAACAUUAAUAAACUGAAGGCCAAGGUACCGGACUUGGAGCUUAGACACUUGCAGCAUCUUUGGGUGAUGGUGAACCAGGAGGUGUUAAAGAAAAUCCUUCGUAUUCUCCCUGAGAGACACCCAUCCCGCCGCUACAUCUCAGGCCUUGAGCGGCUCCUGCAAAUGGUGCAGCAGAUCCAACACGAGGUAGAGGAAGAGGCAGAGGAUGAGGAGCCUCCAGAGAAAAUACGGGAGAUCUUGGCCAAGCUGAGGGAUUCUGAUGUCAAGACCUGGAAGUGGGUGACUCCCAAAACCUUGGUGGACAACUGUUUCCGUACCAUGCACUGCCUGUUUGGCGACUGCUUCCUCAACAGCAAUGCGGAACAGGACUAUUGUAACUUCUUGAGUUGGAGAAAAGAACAAAAGCCAACUUUGCAAGCCUGAAGGAAGCGCUGUUUCUUCCAGGGAAACUUCAUGUACAAUUGCCAUAAACUUCCCUGGCCCCUGCAGAGUUUGAGAUGACAGUGAAAAUCCACUGACACAGACUUGCCAUGUGCAUCCAGCCUGCUCUCUGGAUGAAAAGGAUUUUCGGUUGAAACUACUGCUCUGCCAGAACGACUGCACCAUAUCUGGCUGCAACUAAAGACGUUUAUGAGUGUGUCUGGUGCACAGUGGUUGACUCACACUUGAGCUACCGCAGACAUGCUGAAAAAGCUGCCCUGUGCAUUGCAGUAGCAGCUGUAUUCUUCCAAGGCAAUACUGUGUGUGCGGACUUACAUACAGGACUUUAGUCAGCUGCUGGUUAGCUGGCUAUCUUCCUCAGCGUGGGUCUUCAGGGCUGUGUUCUAACCUACAGAAAUAAGUCCUGCUGGUACGGUUCGAAAAUUUUUUAUUAAGAUGCAGAAUAAUCUAGUUAAUAGAUGCAUAUAUUUUUGGAUUCAGAUCUGGUUUUGGUGUAAGAUUUAUUGCAAAGCAUUAGCCAUGUUUGUACUCCGUAUUUAUUAAUAUUUGUUAUGAUGAUGAACUGAAAUACCCAUGCCAUGAUAAUUCUCUUGCUUUGUCUUGCUGCUUAUGAACCCAUCCUCAUUAUGUGUGGUGAAAUCAAGCCCUGUAAGCAUCUCAGCACCUGUUCCUUACCAAUGUUGUAUGAAUGUAGCCUUUCUCUAUCCAAGCCAAGCCUGGAAUGCCUACCGAUAAUGUUAUGUAAAUCAAAUGACCUUCUAAAAAGGAUGUAAAAAUUAUGACAUAGUUUUUUCCAGUAGCAGUGAACAGAAAAACCCUUUAGCCAAGAUAUUAUUUUAAUUAAAUAUUUAUAUGCAUAAGGGUGAUUCACUCCUGGCAUUUUGAUCAGCAAAUUCACAUUCACACUGGAAAAAUACACAGCCAAUAGAUUUAGGAAUCUCCUCCAGGAUAUAUCUGUAUUUGACUCCACUCUUCUUGUCCUUGAUGAACAGCUUCUGAUUCCCUCCAGUUUAAAAACACCCCCAUAUUAUGAUGCUACCCCCUGAAAGGUAAAUGGUAGCGAUAGUUCUAUUUGGGAAAUGGAACGCGUUAGACCAAAAAAGCUCACCAUUACUUUCUUUACUCUAUAAAAGAAUGUUCCACAAGGCCUCCUUGUCUGUUGGCAAGCUUUAGGCAUGAUUUUAAUUUUGGCAAUUUUUUUGCCAUUUCCACAAGUACAAGGAAGUUCCACAAGCACUUCCUUUGCCUUCAUGACAGCACGACUGGACAAACUCUUGUUCGUAGAUUUACGAGUGCUCCAACCCACUUGUUAUUUUCCACGUCAUUCUGUAUUUGAAGUUUUGCCUGUUGUCCUGUCACAGAGACACAGAGAUUGGCCAAAAUAGAUGACAAAACACAUUGAUGCUCUUUUUUGGACAACGUAAUAAUGCUGAUGGUAUAAUAAGAGGUUAAUAUUGCAAUAUAAAUCUACAGUGCCGACUAUAAAUUAGCUCAAAUGGGACUUGUUGUUGUAACACCUGUAUGCCAUAAGAUCAACAUAUACAACUACCAUGUUGGAAGUAAAUGUAUUAUGUAAUUAUUUAUAUUUUGCUAGAUUAAAUGACAUUCUUGUGUUGUA